ACUCGGACAGUGAGCAGCGACGAUACGAGCACGGUGAUGCGGUGAUGACCUCUGACCCCUGCCUGCACUGCCGCUGUCGACGCGGCCUCAUCGCGUGUGCGUCGGAGCAGUGCGGCUACCCUCCCCUGCCGCACCCGUCCUGCAGCACGCAGCGCAUCCCCGGCACCUGCUGCGGAGCAACGAUCUCAUGCCCGCCUUACCAGUACAAGCCGACAACAGCAACGGCCGAUAUUCAGAGUAGCUCCGAGCCACUGCUGAGGGUCAAUCCGGAAUAUGUCGACGGACUAGGUCACGGCAUCAGCAAGCAGACGCCAUCCGGAUUCUUUAGAAGAAGGUCGGGCACUGGCCGGAAAGAAAUCAGCGGCGACAUCGUCAACCCGUAGUAACCAUGACAACGCACGAUGCAAAAAGCUAUACGCGCGCGCAUUAGUUUGAAGGAGGCCUAAUAAUUAUAAUCGGUUUUUUCUGUGACGUGGUAGCAGCGCCGACGACUGCAAUGACGCGCGUCGUGCGCAAAAAAACACAGUGAUUAGAUCAUAUGUGUCAUAUGUAGCGCGCCCACACGGAGGCACGUCUAUGACUUCGUUUGUUACUAAUGCAUCCAUUAUGUAGAGCAACAUAUUGUCGCGGACGACGCGAGUUCCUACAUUUGCACUGCACUUACGACACCUACUCCUGCAUAUAUACCUCGAAGCGGGAGGAGAAUAUAGCACGAUAUUCUACCGUCUAGUGCAUUGGCGAUCUAUUCCCGAUGUGAACGCGUAUCUACGCAUAGAAGCGAAGGUUGUACGCGAAAAGACGCGACGAAAAUACCGCGAUAUUAAAAUUUCAGUUUUGUCGUUGCAGUGCGUAUGCAGGUUAUUAGAGUCUCUCAGGCUUCCCGCGCUCACGGCAGCCGCGCUGUGCUAUACUCACCUCGCUCGCUCGCUCUCCGUCUCUGCACACAUAAUUAAAUCGGUAGUGUGUUUACCUACACCCCGCUCGUCAAGUUACGAACUUACCACCGACUUGUGGCUAACCAUCAAUGGCUUCAAUCGCUCGCUAAUAGUUCACCCUACCCCCGCGCCGUCCGCUUUACCCGACAUUGCGUGUCUUUAUAGAAGAAUUUGCAGGAUUGUUGUAGUUUGUCGGGCGGUUGCGUGUGAUAUUAUAUUAUACUUUUUCGAUCGCGUUCGGAAAGAGCAAGCAUAUGCAGCGGUGCGACAAUCGCCGGAUUCAAUCCACACGUUUAUUGAGGUUUUUAAAAAUAAAUUUACAGCACUCAACGAAACGGAGAGCGCCGCGUCGCCAUGUUUGACGAGCGGGCGAACAAAGGUGACCGUUACACGUGACCGCCGCGUGACCUUUCAGAGCUUUCACCGUGCACUUAGUAAUUAGGCGCGGGCACAUAUACCGUGUGCAAUGGCGAGGUGUAGUGACGUCAUCUGAUGGCAUGCCCAGGUCGAUAGGUGGCGUUAAAAUCGGAGCCGCCGUAAUGCAGAUUGACACGUGUCGCGAGCGUGGCACAGAUAUGACGUUCCGUAGAUUUAUUCCCUAUGCCUCGUGCUGUAUGUUGCACAGGGCAUACCUAAAGCGCCGCGGUCAGAUCUAAGCAUUCACAGUCGUACUGAGAAAAGGAACAGUAUAAUCGUGACGUCAGGAUACGCGGUAGCAGUUCUGAAUACGACUGACAGUGCAAUCCUCUCGCAGUAGCUUCACAUAGUAGCAGCUUUACAGCCUGCUGCUAUGUAAUGCCUCUAGCUCUGUUGGCUGACGAACACAUCUGCUUUCGCUGCGCUAAUGGCGCACGGCAAUUGAUAUUUACUGUCGAUUUCUUCGGCUUGCGAUUUGAACAUCCAUAGAAAACGAAACCCGUUAAUCUCAACUUACGAAAGAUUUUUAGGGGAAAAUGAUACAAUGUGGGAGAGUUUCUUUGCUACUGACGUCACAAUAUAAAACUGUAAUUUCUCUGCAUUAACAUAAUAGCACUUAGAAAGAAAAAAAUCGCAGUUUAUUCUUGCUCUGGUUGUAACAGAAUUAAUGAGAAUAAAAAGAAGCAUCAAUUAUAAUCUACAA